AAACGCGGGAACCAGAUGGGACGACAGCAACCGACCCAGUCCGCUGGCUGGCUCUAGGCUUACCUUAAUUUAUCCAUUCUCUGUAUAACGGACAGGCUAGCAUCGCCAUUCCCAUCAUCACAGCCUUGAAACAUUCCAUCACCUGUACAGAGUAUCUUCCUCGCCUUCUCUCACUUGUCUGCCCAUUCGCGUGCUUUCGCUGCCGACCGAGUCAUGUCGGCGGACGCAAGCGAGCCUCCUCCACCGCUUGCGACAAGCCCUCUCCGGCAGCGCAAGCGGCCUGUGCGAACAUACAGUCGACGAUCUGCCCCAGUCCGGGACCACGAGCCGAUCCUGCCAGCUGCAGCACAGGACAAGAGUCAACGGCAUCUGGACUCCAGCUCAGAGUGCACGAAGUCGACGCCACCGCCCACAGCCCUUCCGAAGCAUAACCCGGGUGAUGAACCACCAAAGUGCGGGUCCAUCCUGGCCUACUUCAAGCCAAUCCACCCCGGUUCCGACAGCGCGGCAUCCGACCUGCUGUUCUCGUCAGAUCCCGCCGAGCCUGCGUCAACACCGCCAUCUUCGCCCCCGCCCUUAUUGGUGGCGAAGCCGAGAAAGCGCAGACGACUGACCACGCGGCCCCAAUACAAUGACAGUGACGGGAGAUCGCGGGAUCUGGGGGACGGUGAUGGAGACGGCGACACAACGGAGGAUGUUAGGAAUGCGCCGCCCCUCGAUUCGAGGAUAAGAAACAACACUAUGCCUGAUGUUAAAAACACAACCCAGGACUCUGCUGCAUCGUCUUCUGGUUCUUUAGGGGAAAUUCCUGUCAAUGUUCUGCGCCAUGGGACUGGGACUCCAUCGGCUAGCUCCACGACAGCAGCAGAAGACUGCCUCCUCCAAGACAAGAAACGGCCUGGAAAACGACCUGCGCGAGACCUGACACAGACAACCCUGAGCCUGUCGCUCCAGAAGGACCCGGGGUUUACAAUAUGUGCGGUGUGCGACCUGCUUUACAACCCGUUGAAUGAGAAGGACCGGAGAGAACACAAGCGAAGGCAUGCGGCUUAUUCCCGGGCUAAGGAGAAAGAGAAAGAGCCGAAGAGAGGGAACUUUGAAGGGGGUUUGAAGAGGUCACGCUCGGGUUGAUUACCUACGGAUCUGUCGGGGUAUCUAUCGAGUUCCCGGCGCGCAGCUUGUUCGGUCGAGUCGAGUAUCGUGACUCCGACCCGAAACAGAUUGACAGCCUGUCUCGUCAGAUUUCGUCCGCGAUAUUACCGGUAUGGCUAUCCGCGAUGGAGGAAUUCACCAUAAGUACAAGGUAAGGUAAAGAAACACCCAUCUUGCAACACUGCAUCUUAGGUGCCCUUGCGUUACGUUACCGCCUUGCUUGCUAUAUGAACGUCCCCCUGGGUCCAUAUAUUAAGCAAGCGAAAAUGCCACCAAAAACCUUCGAUACAUCCGUUCUAA